AUUUUCCUCGGGUCCUCCCGUCGCUGUCAUCCUCCGCUCAGGCGGGCUCCACUCUCCUGUCUCCUCUCCCCUGCUGUGUCGCUCCGCUCUGCUCCGGUGAGCUGUCCGGCACUCGCAUCUCGAUCCCUCGAUCUGUCGUUUUCUCUCGGGGACGAAGAAACGUGACAAUGGAGGCUCCACCCGUGGCGCUGUUCGACUCCCUCAAGGCUGCCAAACCGUUCUUCUUGCUGGCCGGUCCCAACGUGAUUGAGUCGGAGGAGCAUGUCCUGAAGAUGGCCAAACACAUUAAAGGAAUUACAACAAAGCUUGGAAUUCCUCUUGUGUUCAAGUCCAGCUUUGAUAAAGCAAACCGUACAUCGUCAAAAUCGUUCCGUGGUCCUGGUCUUGAAGAAGGCCUAAAGAUCCUUGAAAAGGUGAAAGCAACAUAUGACCUUCCGGUAGUCACUGAUGUUCAUGAAAGCCACCAGUGUGAAGCUGUUGGAAGAGUUGCUGACAUUAUACAGAUUCCAGCAUUCCUCUGUCGCCAGACUGAUCUUCUAGUGGCCGCUGCUAAGACUGGAAAGAUUAUCAACAUCAAGAAAGGACAAUUCUGUGCGCCUUCUGUUAUGAUGAACUCUGCAGAGAAAGUAAGGCUUGCUGGAAACCCAAAUGUGAUGGUCUGUGAGCGUGGUACCAUGUUUGGCUACAAUGAUCUAAUUGUUGACCCAAGGAACUUUGAGUGGCUGAGGGAAGCCAACUGCCCAGUUGUAGCUGAUGUCACACAUGCUCUACAACAACCGGCUGGAAGAAAGCUUGAUGGUGGAGGUGUUGCAAGUGGGGGGCUACGAGAACUAAUACCAUGCAUUGCAAGGACUUCUGUUGCUGUUGGUGUUGAUGGUAUUUUCAUGGAGGUACAUGAUGAUCCCUUGAAUGCACCAUGCGACGGCCCAACUCAAUGGCCAUUGCGCAAUUUGGAAGAGCUAUUGGAGGAAUUGAUUGCAAUCGCUCGAGUUACCAAGGGAAAGAAGCCAUUCAAGAUCGAUCUCACUCCGUUCCAGGAAUAAUCUGCCUUGGUUCAUAGAAAGCACAAUGCCAGCAUCCAUGGGAUUCAACAGGGUGGAUUUAAUAUGAAUGCUGUAAAUUUUACUGUUUCGAGCAAAACUGCAGUAAAUGACUGUAAUCGCCGAACGAACUAUUGAAUUGAAACCUGUUGGGUUGGUUUAUGUUGUUCCAUCAGUUGUACCACCAUGUUAUUGGACAAAUAAAUCAUCACUAGACAAAUGCAAUUGUUGGCUGAUUACCAGCUUGCGGUU